AUGUCUGAUGAUUUCGAAAUUCAUGCAACAAAUACAAUUUAUAGAGCAAUUUUGGAUAAUGACAAAGAAAGAUUCAUCACAUUCACCGAAAAUGAAUGUUUUGAUGAAAAUCAAAAUCUUCAAAGUGAAUUAUAUCCAUAUUCUAAUAAAGGAUAUUCAUUACUUGAAUUGUGUUGUUACCAAGGAGCAGUUGAUUGUUUCAAGUUCUUAAGGAUGAAUAAUCAACCUAUUCUAAAAGAACUUUGA